UCCCGCAGUCGCUCGGGAGCACGGGAACCAUCCUCUCCCUCCCGGUGGCUCCAAGGAAAUUAUCACUCCAAAGCCAUCGCGCCUAAACAAACAGCCGACUGCCACAGACGACGCUGACGAUCCGCGCGUCAGUCGAUAAGAUAUAGCAUACGAAUCAACUGUCUGUAUGAAAAUGUGAGUGUGAGCCAAAGUUAUGGCCAAGUUGAACGAUUCCAAGAAAUACGAAGACGACACAACCAUGGAUGAAGACAGCGAGGAAGAGAUAGGGCGCGUAGGCCGUCUGAUGGUCUGGUUGCGCAUCAAUCCAAACCUCAUUAUGCUAAAAGUGACUCUCUUUGUGAUGUACGGAGCCACCGCAUCCCUUUUACCAUAUUUGACUAUACAUAUGCAAAGCAUAGGACUAACUGUUCCUGAAAUUUCAUUUGUGUAUUUAGCGUUACCUUUCACAACCUUCCUAAGCCCUCCGAUAACUGGGUUUUUAGUUGAUCGAUUUGGGGAGUACAAGCCUGUCGUAAUAACUGCCCUGAUUCUAAAUGCUGCUUUUCAUCAUUCCUUGCUCCUGAUACCCCACCAGGAGACGCCAGGCGUGAUGCCCUCGGCGUACGUGAUGCGACAUCCGAUCACAAACAGCGUAGAGAUUUGGUGGAGCCCAUGUCCGAGCAGGGAAUGUCCGGACGAAGAUGAAACUGUUGAUUUUGUUCUGGAUCGUUGUGUAGAUCAUUGCAAACUUACGAGACCGACCGAAAGCCCUGCUAUUGACCCAGCAGAUGACAAAGAUGACCUAGAUUUUCAUAUAAGCCAAAAGAUUCGCCCUCCAAAUCUAUCAAACAGCAGCCAUCAAAACAUGACGGAGGAUGAUGAAGAUUAUAACGAUGCAGCAUACUUCCUCAUCGCGUUACAUGAUGAUUUAGGUGAACCCAAGGAGCAACUUGGAAUUGAAAUGGAGCGAGAUGAAAAUGAUCCAGUAACAGAUUUUAGAUCAAGAUUUGGCGAGAAACUACUUAUAGCUCAGGGCGUGAACAUAACCGCUCUCGACAAAGAAGACUUGAGAUGCGGAGGGCAAGUAAUGCUGCAUAAUAUGACAAAAUUGUCGCAACAGCGAUUAGAAUUAUUAUCCGCUGAUUGCAUGGUUCAGAAAUGUGAUUUCAGAAGAGGCGGUCCGGAUAUAUGCCCACCAGAUUACAAGGAAAGUGACGAUAAGACAUUUUACAUCUACUUUUUCCUACGGUUCAUGGGCACGAUUAUGUUGUCUGCUGGGGUCACUAUCAUGGAUCCUAUAGCUCUAACUAUGAUUCAAAAGUACGGUGGCGAUUUCGGCAGAGAAAGAUUAUUUUCAAGUAUUGGCAUGGCAAUAUUCUCUCCUAUCACGGGUAUGCUUAUAGAUAUGAGGAGCAAACAAGUUAAUUACACCGACUAUUCAGCUGCCUUUUACACGUACGACGUGUUACUCCUGAUAUCAGCUAUAACUGUAGCGGUCAUGCCUCUCGGCGCCAAACUACCUGCUGAUAAUUUACUACGGGACUUAGUAAACAUUAUCAAAAUGCCCCACAUUAUAGUUUUCAUAUUUUUCCUCUUCGCGUUGGGAAAUUUUUGGGGAUUCAUUGAAUCGUAUUUAUUUAUAUAUCUUAAGGAAUUAGGAGCGCCAAAUUUUUUGCUAGGUAUAACCGUGACCGUGGGUACUCUGAGCAGCAUCCCGUUCCUAUACGGAGCGGAUGCCAUCACCGCCCGCAUAGGACAUGUCAACGUCAUCAUUGUAGCAUUUUUCUCCCACGCUGCUAGACUGGUUGGCUACUCGUUCAUCGAAAACUCCUGGUGGUGUUUUCCGUUUGAAGCCAUGGAAUCUCUGUCAGUGCAUCUGAUGUGGGUAGCUGCUGCCACAUACUGUGCUAUGUUGGCGCCGAAGAGUUUACUAGCGACCUUGAUUGGAGUCCUCGGAAUGGCGCAUUUUAGUUUAGGAAGGGGUAGUGGCAGUUUUGGAGGUGGUCUUCUCAUCGCCCAGUUAGGAACUAGGGAGGCUUUCCGUUAUAUGGGGCUCAUGGCUUUUCUGGGAGGAGUCUUGUAUGGCCUUCUUCACUACUUUUGGCUGAGGAAAAUAUCUAUGACUGGCAUUGAAGAUGCUUGCGAUCCUGACACGGAAAGCGGAGAAGGAGAUAAAUUAAACGGAGAGCCAUUACGCAAAGAUGCAGAAACAAUGAUAUCCAUAGAAAGACUUCAUAUGAUUACCAGGUUCAAUCCUUUGGGCUCUCUUCAUUCUUUACCGAGAGGUUCUCGGUCUAGGUUUUCGCAAGGUGAUAUAAACGAAAUCAGAAGUCGCAGUGGUAGUAACGCUCAAAGAAGAGGUAGCAACUAUGAAGGUUCCGCCUCCAAGGUUGAUCUGCUGAGGUCUGCGAUUGAAAUAAGCCAUCAGAAUACCAAAGGGCAUAUCUCGAACCCAGUUCUGUCUAUAGCUACUAGACCUACAAAUUAUAAGCAAGCACACAGUGCCCCAAAACUGGCUUUGGUUGGUCUACCUCAAAGAAACAACAUAUCUCAGCCAGUCCUAUCAGAAUUUGAUCCUCGUCGAAGGGAUUCUAUUCCUGAAGAAGCUGAAGAGGACCGUUUAGCAGUAACAGCUAAAGCACCAGCUAAAACAAAGAGCUACGAUCUCCCACCGCCACCUACUUAUGAUGAAGCUACUGGUGAACACAGGAAAAGUUGGCAUUCAGAUGAUAGCACCCCAGCUUAAGAUGAUGGUGAUGAUUGUAUAUAAAUAGUGACUGGAAAUCAAAUGCUUAAAAGUAUCGUUAAUUCGCGCGAGGAGAUGUUAAAUUAUUAGCAUGAAUGAAGAUAAAUACUACGAUUAAAGAUAUUUAUAAACUUGGAAAAUACAUUUAUAUAAACAUCAAUCCAGUACAAAUUGUACAAGAAUUUAAAGAAUUUUUUUCAUCAUACACUGUAUGUUCAUUGGGAUUGUCUUGUAUCUCUGGAAUCUAUGCUUAAAAUAUUUCUACUGCCUGAAACUGAUGAAUAAAAUUUUUGAUCGAAAAUCAUUCUGUAAAGGCUUUAAUUUAUAUAAGGUUAACUUAGAUUUAAUGAGAAUAUUGUAAUUAUUGUUAUGGUCCCAUUCGUAAUUCGUCUUAAUUGUGUUAGUUGUAAUAAAACAUUUGUUAUUUCAUUAA